UCAAGUCAACAACCGCCUCCAGUAGCUGGAGCAACAACCCGUCAACGCCCCUGUUGCCAGCUCCUCGAACACCUCCGAUCACCUCAAUGCAUUGGAGAUCGACAUCGGAGCCCUCAAGGACGACGCGCAGCUACAACAAACCGCCACACGCAACAACUGGAGCAACGGAUCUGUGCUGCCGCCGCCAACCCGAGUUCGGCACACGCGAGACGACUCCAAAGUUCGCUGAUCAGGAGAUCUUCUGCGAUUCGACGAAGACGGACCCGAUUCCGUGGUUCCGCAAGUUCGAACUCAAGUUGCAGCUACAUCACGUCAACGAGGACAAGAAACACGCGUACUUAUACUCUCGGUCGGGGGGCGCGUGCCAAGCAUGGUUGGACAAUCUCUUGUCCAAGUACGGGGUGGUAGCUGCCGACUUGUACACCAAGAUCAACUGGGAUGAUCUAAAGGCGGCGUGGCAUAAAGGGUUCCAAGUAGAGCCGCCGGAGAUCAAGGCAAUGGACAAAUUGCUGACCUUCGAACAAGGCACGCUGCUGAGUGUUGACUGGAUUGCCGAGUACCAACGCUUGACAUCCGUCGCAUACAUUCAGAUGGGCUUCAAGGCCGUCAAACACUACUUCAUCACGAGGUCGUGUCCGGCGUUAGGCAACGCCUUGACUCACGUCGAGGACACCCUGACGACAACGACGGAGCUUUUUAACAAGGCCGCGCAGAUCAUUGUCACGAAUAAGGAGGCCAAGAACCUCAACCGUUCGUCUGCGACAGGCCUGAGCAGAGAACAGCAUCGACUGAAAGUGGCCGUGGUCGCGGCGGCAACGCCAACCGACCCUUCUAGCGAGGCCGUGUCUGCCAAUGAAGGGGACAAACUCGCAGCCGCCCGGGAUGUUGGAUUUGAAGUCUUGGAUUUGAAGUCUGGAUAUCCUCAAAUCUCGAUCCGACCGAAUGAUCGUUACAAAUCUGCGUUCAAGACGCAGUAUGGGCAUUUUGAGUGGGUGGUCAUGCCUUUUGGCCUCACCCACGCCCCGACGACCUUUCAAGCGGCAAUGACCAACGGGUUUCGUGCAAUGUUGGACCGGUUCGUGCUGGUCUACUUAGACGAUAUUCUCGUCUAUAGCCAGACAUUGGAGGAUCAUCGUGGGCAUCUUCGACGAGUGUUGGAGACGCUCCGCCGCGCCAAGUACAAAGCCAACCGCGACAAGUGCGAAUUUGUCCAGCAAGAGCUGGAAUUCUUGGGCCAUUUUGUCACACCGGAGGGCAUCAGUCCGUUGUCGGACAAGAUUCAAGCCAUCCAAGAGUGGCCGAAGCCGCGGAACGUCACGGAUGUUCGUUCGUUCCUUGGCCUUGCCGGCUACUACCAACGUUUUAUCAAGGGAUACUCGAAGAUCGCGGCCCACUUGACGAAGCUUCAAUGUGAGGAUCGACCGUUUGACUUCGGGAAGGAUGCGCGGGAAUCAUUCUUGGCUCUCAAAGCCGCAUUAUUGUUCGCGGAGGUCUUGCAAAUCUACGACCCGCAAUUGCCAACGCGCGUCACUACGGAUGCGUCCGGCUAUGGCAUUGGUGCCGUCCUCAAACAACACGACGGCGUGGACUGGCACCCGGUCGAGUACUUCAGCAAGAAAGUGUCCGUCGUGCACUCCAUUGAUGAUGCACGCAAGGAGCUCCUAGCCUUUGUCCACGCGCUCAAGCGGUGGCGGCACUCCCUCCUUGGUCGAAGUCAAUUCCAAUGGGUAACGAACAACAAUCCGUUGGUCUUCUACAAGACCCAAGACACCGUCAAUAGCACCAUCGCCCGUUGGAUGGCUUUCAUCGACCAAUUCGACUUCUUUCCCGAUCACAUUCCAAGGAAGUCUAACCUUUUUGCGGAUGCUCUUUCACGACGUCCGGAUCAUUGUACCGCAGUCUAUUCGACCUUCGAGAUCGACGACGAUCUGCAGGACAGUUUCAUCCGCCGCUACCAAGCCAACCCUGAGUUUCGGGACAAGUACGCAAAUUGCUCCUCUCCUACUCCGACACCUUCUCACUACCGGAUCCAAGAGGGGUACUUGCUUGUCCACACGCGGGGGAAGGACCUUCUUUGCAUACUGAGUGACUCUCACUUGCGUACAUUGCUCAUUGGCGAGUUCCACGAUGCUCCCGCCACCGGACACUUUGGAGUCAAUCGAACGAUUGGCCGACUUCGCGAGCGCUUUUGGUGGCCCGGCCUUCUCGGCGCCGUCACACGCUAUUGCGAGUCAUGCGAGGUUUGCCGAUGCUGCAAAUCCCGCAACCAUCGUCCGUACGGCGAGUUGGUACCAUUACCAGUCCCCUUACGCCGGAGGGAAGUGAUUGCCAUGGACAUUACCGGGCCGUUCCCCAAGCACAAGACCGGUGUGGAUGGGAUUCUCACGGUGGUCGACCGAUGCACCAAGUUCGCCAUGUUUUUGCCUGGCCGCUAUCAUGCCAAGGCACCAGAGUUGGCCGAGGCGAGUCUGAGAUUGGAAUCACAGGCAGAACAGAAAGGGAUUGCAGAAAAGAAUGCGGUGGUCGUAACUGGCAAAGACGGAGACGUGGACGGCUCCGAGAUAUUCCGGAUUCGCAAUCAACACAAUUUUGUGAUCGAAGAUGACAGCGAGGAGGACGAUGGCCUUGUUGCUCCAGCCCCAAUGUGCCCCUGUUCGACAACAGAUUCAUCUGAACCUUCCAUGUCAAUAUCCCCAUACUUAUCACAGGCAUUGGCAUCCUUUCCACCGGUGCAAUGCCUCUCCCCUCCUUCCAGUUGUCCUACAAGAUCCAAUGGCGGUGCGGGAAGAAUGCGUCCACCGUCCUCCUCCGCUGCCUCCUCACAGGUGCAUGUACGAUCACCAUCUCCGUUGAGCGCUCAUGGGAAACCGUCAUCUUGCACCUUUCUCCCAAACAUAGCAGCGCUUCUCCAACCUAAGCUCUUUGCCAAUUCCUCGUCUACCAUUCACCCGGAGUACCCGGACAUGCAUUCACAAAAAAGUGUCUCGAGGCUGCCACCACCCAGAUCGGCAUGGUCGGUUCCAGAUGAUGACAGUACGGUGAAGAUGAGCACCGAGGGCAUCGACAAGGAAAACUGCAACAAUGGUUUACUGCAGGAAAAUCAAAGUCCAGAUGCCCACUUGAGACGGCAUGGAGAGUUCAACAAUGGUGGCAGAGAGAAGCAAUUCUCAGGUGAUCGAAUGGCAGAAUCGACUUCAACAAGCGCCAACAGCGUGUUGAAAAAUGGCAAUGGAGACUAUAUGAGGGAGAAAAGCAGCAGUGCACGGGAAAAUCUGGUGAGAGGAGCCUUGCAGAAGGAAAACGAGGAGCAACAAACUGCCAUUGCAAGUCAGCGGAAUGGCAUUGAGCAGCUCGAGCGAGAGGGCAAGGCACUUUCAGAGUGCAUUCAAUGUUUGAAGAAAGAGCAGCAGCAGCAGCAGCAGGAGGAGGAGGAGGAGGAGGAAGAGGAGGAAGAGGAGGAGGAGGAAGAAGAAGAAGAAGAAGAAGAAGAAGAAGAAGAAGAAGAAGAAGAAGAAGAAGAAGAAGUGCCAAGGCACACAGUAAUCGUUAUUGAAGAAAGAAAGAUGAACCAGCAGGUUGUGUGGCACCCAUGCGCGGGCACCGUGAACGAGUAACCUUUGGAACAGAUACAUAGGUCCCUUGCUUCUCCUACCUAACUAACCAACUGUGUAUGGGAACAAAAUAUGUAGGUCCCUUUCUCCUAGAAGAGGUGGAAGGUCCUAUGCCCUCAUACUCGGAUAGACCAUUCUCAAAUAAUAAUCCCAAUGAUGGGCAUGUUGAAGUUGAGGGGUGGCAUCACUCUUAUGGCAGCAUCAAAGGAUGCAUAAUGGUAAGCCCAAGCAGCUUCAACAUGACUCCACGCCACUCGUCUUGCAGAUCGACGGCCCAGAUUGACCACCAAGGGAUCCAGUGCCUGGCUUGCGAACUGGCGCCUGCCACCAGACCCACAGGGCCUCUACUAACACAUCCGCAACAGGAUCCCCUUUCGCUUUCACCGCAGUGUGGCCGACAACCAAAUGUGGCCCUCUCUGAGCUGAUUGAACUGGCGGUUUGCAUUUUAUGCGGGUGACGGUCUGGAUGGUAGAAAACGAGCAGGAAGAAGCCAAAACCCCACGUAACAAAUGAAUGUGGCCGAAGUCAAAUGACUAUCAUCACUUGCUGUAUGUUUCGAAAUCGAUCAUCAAAAACAGAUGCACUAGGCUUUACUUUCACAGAGAACACAUCACUUGCUGUCAAAGGUCACACGCACGUGAGUAUGAAUGUCACACGAAGUGCAACCAUCGCACUACCGUCUUCACCGGAAUAGAACGCCCGGUCAUUAUAGCUGUAUUUGGCACAACUUUCAGCCCAGAUACUGCAAUAAUUACCAGGCGUUCUAUUCGGGUGAAGACGGUAGUGUCGACUACGGAAGGCAGCUUCCACGGUGUUGCAAAAGUAAUCAGGAAGAAACCCAAGCCCUGUCUAACAAACUAGUGCUGCUGAAGUCAAACGGAAGCUCGAACAAAUUAGCAUGGACUACACGAAUAUAAUAUUACAUAUUGAUCAAAAUUGGACUCGUUACUGUGGACUCAGUGUGGAGUAGUGUGGACCAGGCUCUAAUAUAUAUUGUAUAGUGAGUUAAGCAACCAGUGACCCCGAACCUAUCUUGUCAAACCUGCCUUUUGCUCAAUUGUAGAACUGCCGAACCGCCGGCCUCAACGGCAAAAGCCCGAAAGCCCGAUUCUUGUUUCGCAACAGGCUCGUGCUGCCCCCAUUGCAACCCAAUGGUUGAGGGUGGCAGCUGCAGUUCUUCUUGCAGCAGCCUUAGGCCUCCGACAGGCUGCUACCGGACCGCCCUGCGAUCUCCUUCUAUAUCGACCCUGGGAAGGUCGUAGGGCUGUGGCGGUUCAACGUGAAAACAUACAAGAAGAGAAGUAAAUGAAAAGGUCACAGCUUCUGACUGCCGGUUCCACGUUGGUAGCCAACUUGCUCCCAGCAGAAUGCUAUGAUGAAGAGUUGUCCAUGGAGAAACUCGACGUUCUUAGGGAUGCAUCACCUCCCAGCGCGCGUCUCUCUCUGCUACUGCACCACCUCUAUUAAUGUCCAUGGAGCCGCUGUCGCUAUCUCUCUACUACUGCACCAACUCUAUCAAUGUCAACAUCUAUCUACAUCACACUACAUCCUUAAUUCACCCCCUCUUCCCUAUACCUGCAGAGCAUGAGCGUGUGCCUGUAAGUUUCAAGCGGAGGCGAAACUUCCUAGUAUUGCUCCUACGUACCAUUAAACGUUUAUAAUGAUGAAAUGAAACAUCUUCACGUAG